AUGCCCGAUUUACGUGACCUUCCAGCUGUCGAUUUACUGCUCAAAGCCAGUGAAAUGACUGCCCUGGUCGAUACCCAUGGCAUCCAGGCUGUACGCGAUCAGAUCAGAGCGCUGCAAUCUGAGAUGCGCAGAGCGCGGUCUGUGCCAGGCUGGGCGACCGACGCUUCAGGUUAUGUUGAACCUGUCGCGGCAAGUUUGAACACAAGCCGGUAUACACCGGUUUUUAAUAUGACCGGCACGGUGAUACAUACUAAUCUCGGCCGCGCCUUGCUCAGCGAAAGCUUGUGGCAAGAGGUCCAGGCACUUGUUACACGACCGAUGAAUCUCGAAUACAACCUGGCAGAAGGCAGGCGUGGGGACAGGGAUGCCAUUGUUGAAGCACGCAUCUGCCGUCUGACGGGUUGUGAGGCGGCGACAAUUGUGAAUAACAAUGCUGCGGCGCUGAUGUUGUGCCUGAAUACUUUUGCCCAGGGUAAAAAAGUACCGGUAUCCAGAGGUGAGCUGAUUGAAAUCGGUGGUAGUUUUCGAUUGCCUGAAUUAAUGGCUCGCUCUGGUUGUGAACUACUUGAAGUAGGCACAACUAACCGCACACAUACAAAAGACUUUGCCGAGGUGCUCGAUCAGGCAGCAAUGCUGCUCAAAGUUCAUCCAAGCAAUUUCUACAUCAGCGGGUUUGCACAGGAAGUGGUGGCUGCUGAACUUGCGGAGCUUGCGCAGCAAGCUGACAUACCCAGCUGCGUGGAUCUGGGCAGCGGUACGCUGGUAGAUCUCACACGCUGGGGCCUGCCUGCUGAACCCACACCCCAGUCUGUUCUGAAAGACGGUAUCGAUCUCGUUACGUUCAGUGGCGAUAAGUUAUUAGGCGGCGUGCAGGCAGGUAUCAUUGCCGGUAAAAAGUCUCUGCUGGCGCAGAUCAAGAGAAAUCCGAUGAAACGCGCUAUGCGGGCUGACAAAAUUACCCUUGCGGUGCUCGAUGCCACGCUGAAGCUCUAUGAACAGCCUGAAGAACUGCCGCAGCAUUUACCGCUGCUCAAAACGCUGACCACAAGCUUAGAUGAGCUCCGUGAACGAGGUGAUGCGCUGAGGCAGGCAGUACCGAAAGAUUGGCAUACGGAACUCAUAGACAGCGCUGCACAAAUUGGCAGUGGCGCCCUCCCUGACAAGACCAUUAAAAGCCUGUCUCUUGUACUGUCCCACCCUGAUCAAUCGGCUGAACAGACUGCGAUCACCUUGCGCAGAUUACCAACGCCUGUGAUCUGUCGCGUUGCUGAAGACAAAGUCUGGUUGGAUUUGCACGGCCACGUAGACCACGGCAAGACUUCGCUCGUGCGGGCAUUGUCAGGCGUAGAUACAGAUCGUCUGGAACAGGAAAAGCUGCGUGGUUUAACCAUAGAUCUCGGCUUUGCUUAUAUCGACAACGGCAGCAUUGGUUUUGUCGAUGUGCCUGGUCACGCGAAAUUUAUUCAUAACAUGGUAGCAGGCGUAGCCAGUCAACAGUUUGCCCUUCUUGUUAUUGCAGCGGAUGACGGUCCGAUGCCGCAAACCCGGGAACAUCUCGAUAUAUUGCGGCUGAUCGGGUUACGCGGCGGCGCGAUUGCUAUAACCAAGAGCGAUCGGGUCGAUGCACAGAGAAUUAAAAUCUGUCAGGCUGAAGUUGCAGAGCUUGUGACCAACACUUUUCUUGAGUCAGCACCCGUGAUCAUCACCAGCGCCGAAGAUCCUCAGAGUAUAAAGCCAUUGUUGGCGCACUUACGGUCCGAAGCUGCCGAAUAUGACAAGACGAUUGAUCAGAAGCCCUUUCGCAUGGCUAUUGAUCGUGCUUUCAGCAUUAAAGGCGCUGGCUUGGUUGUCACCGGCACGGUACAUGCCGGCACUGUCGGUGUCGAUGACACACUGUUUCAUUUUCCCAGUGGCGCGACGGUGCGGGUGCGAUCGAUCCAUGCGCAGGAUCAACCAGCCGAGAAAGCCGUCUGCGGAGAUCGUUGUGCGCUUAAUAUCAGCGGGCUCGGUCUGCAGGAUGUCGCCAGAGGACACUGGUUAGACGGCGCUGAAAUGCCCGCGCAGCGGGAAGUCGCUAUCAAACUUAAUGUUCUCGAAACUUUUCCGCGCGCAGUUGCCCAUUGGACUCCAGUACACAUCUACAAUGCCACAACUCACGUUACCGGUCGCAUCGCUCUGCUUUCUCCUGGAAAAAUUGCGCCCGGUCGCAGCGAAAUUGUAGAGAUUGUUUGCGAUGAGCCGCUAACGGUUCGUCAUGGGGAUCAGCUGGUUGUACGGGAUCAGAGUUUAGAUGUGACGCUGGGUGGCGGCGCUGUCGUUUAUGCCAGUUCGCAGCCGAGUCUGCGCCGCCGCAACCCUGAGCGUCUGAAACUGCUGCAGGCGUUUGCUCUCCAAACUCCCCAGCAGAGUCUCGAACAGCUGUUGAAAAUUGGACCGGUCGACCUUAAAGAAUUUAUUGAUGUCUGGCAUCUUCAAGCCGACGAGGUCGACACUCUGCUGAACCCACACGAGGUGUUGAAAGUUGCUGGUAUGGCCGUGGCCAAAGAGCUGCUCGGACACUACCAGCAGCAAUUGCUGCAGCAGAUUACCCUGCAUCAAAAUGAAUUUGCCAGCUCUCCGGGGUUAAAAGAAAAUGCGUUUACGCAGAUUCCCGGGUUGCUGCGGCAAAGAUUGUUAAAUGCCAUGGUACAGGCCCAGGUGAUCAAGAAUGUGGGCGGUUACUUUCGGUUGCCUGAUAAAGAGACCAGCCUGCCAGCGGACUUGCAACAAGCCUGGGCGAAGUUUGAGCAGAGGCUGGACCAUCUGCAGCCGCCUUCCACAGGGGAUCUGGCCAAACAAACGGACACGCCGCAAACGCAAAUUGAGAAAGAUCUGAAGGGGCUGGCCAAGCGAGGUUAUGUGGUGCACGUGGCCGUACAUCGCUUCUAUCUGCCCAGACAGCUCCAGGCAGUAGCUGAACAAAUACGACAACUUGCCGCAGCAAAACCAUUUUCGGUUAAAGAAUUUCGAGAUAAAACCGGUAUCGGACGCAACGUUGCAAUUGAAGUACUUGAAUAUUUUGAUGGCCGUGGUUUUACCCGCAGACAAGGUAACGAACGUAUCGUUCUGAAAGCCGACUAUUAG